UCCUCAGUCCGCCCCCUCCCUCGCCUCUUCCUGCCGGGCGGUCCUCUCCCCUCCUCAGCCCGCUCCCUCCGCCCCGCUCCCUCCGCCCUCCCUGGGCUUCGGCGGCGGCGGCGGCGGCGGCGGCGGCGGCGGCGGCGGCGGAGUGAACGGGACGGGCCCGACCGCAGAGCUCUGGGCGGCGGGUGGGACUCGGACGUCUGACAGAGUUGUUGUUCCGGCAGCGGCCGCGGAGACGUGAGUUUUGCCAGGUGGAUGUGGGAAGAGAAGUUUGCAGAACUGAAAUGGAGGUCAGAGCUUCAUUACAGAAGGUUAGUGGGUCAUCUGAUUCUGUGGCCACAGAGAACAGUGAAGAAUUUGUUUUGGUUCCUCAGCACGCAGAUGAUACUUCUACAAAGGAUGAUGGAAAGCCGCAGCUGAAGAUAGCUUCCAAUGGUGACGAACAGUUGGAAAAAGCCAUGGAAGAGAUUUUGAGAGAUUCUGAGAAAGGACAAAGCAGCCUACUUGUUGAUUGUCAGGGUUCCAAUGAUAUUUCAGACUACUCCUUUGGAGAUGUUCCAGCCAGCCAAACAAAUAAGCCAUCUCUUCAGUUAAUUUUGGAUCCAUCAAACACAGAAAUUUCCAAACCCAGACCGUCUUCUCCAAGUGGACUUUCUGAAGAAGACAGUGUUCUAUUUAACAAAUUGACUUACUUAGGAUGUAUGAAGGUUUCUUCCCCACGUAGUGAAGUAGAGGCUUUACGGGCAAUGGCAACCAUGAGAGCCUCCAGUCAGUACCCCUUUGCUGUUACACUCUAUGUGCCCAAUGUUCCAGAAGGUUCUGUGAGAAUUAUAGACCAGUCAAGCAGUGUGGAGAUAGCAUCCUUCCCAAUUUAUAAGGUGCUAUUCUGUGCACGUGGCCAUGAUGGGACAACAGAGAGCAAUUGCUUUGCAUUUACAGAGAGUUCUCAUGGUUCAGAAGAAUUUCAGAUACAUGUUUUCUCCUGUGAAAUUAAAGAGGCAGUAAGCAGAAUUUUAUAUAGUUUCUGUACUGCAUUCAAACGUUCUUCCAGACAAGUGGCUGAUGUUAAAGAUUCAAUCAUCCCAACCCCGGACAGUGAUGUGUUUACCUUUAGUGUAUCCUUGGAGGUCAAAGAAGAUGAUGGAAAAGGAAACUUUAGUCCUGUGCCUAAGGAUAGAGAUAAAUUUUAUUUCAAAAUAAAGCAAGGAAUAGAGAAGAAGGUUGUGAUUACAGUUCAGCAACUUUCUAACAAAGAAUUAGCUAUUGAGAGAUGUUUUGGAAUGUUAUUAAGCCCAGGUCGAAACGUGAAGAACAGUGACAUGCAUUUACUGGAUAUGGAAUCCAUGGGAAAGAGCUAUGAUGGCAGAGCUUAUGUCAUCACAGGCAUGUGGAACCCCAAUGCACCAAUAUUUCUGGCACUCAAUGAAGAAACCCCAAAAGAUAAGCGGGUGUACAUGACUGUGGCAGUGGACAUGGUGGUCACAGAGGUUGUAGAGCCAGUCCGCUUUCUCCUGGAGACAGUGGUUCGUGUGUACCCUGCAAAUGAAAGAUUUUGGUACUUCAGCAGAAAGACUUUUACAGAGACUUUCUUCAUGAGGUUGAAGCAGUCUGAGGGAAAAGGCCAUAGCAGUGCUGGAGAUGCAAUAUAUGAAGUGGUGAGUCUGCAGAGAGAAUCUGACAAGGAAGAGCCAGUCACUCCUACUAGUGGAGGGGGGCCAAUGUCACCCCAGGAGGAUGAAGCGGAAGAGGAGAGUGAUAACGAACUCUCAAGUGGAACAGGUGAUGUGUCAAAAGACUGUCCUGAGAAGAUCCUCUAUUCUUGGGGAGAAUUGUUAGGAAGAUGGCACAAUAAUCUUGGUGGCCGACCAAAAGGGCUAUUCACUUUGGUAAAGAGUGGUGUUCCUGAGGCAUUAAGGGCAGAAGUAUGGCAGCUAUUAGCAGGAUGCCAUGACAACCAGGCAAUGCUGGAUAGAUACCGAAUUCUUAUCACAAAGGACUCUGCACAGGAGAGUGUUAUUACUCGAGAUAUUCAUCGUACAUUUCCUGCACAUGAUUACUUCAAAGACACUGGAGGAGACGGACAGGAAUCCCUCUACAAGAUCUGCAAGGCCUACUCUGUGCAUGAUGAAGACAUUGGGUACUGUCAAGGACAGUCUUUUCUUGCUGCUGUAUUGCUGUUGCAUAUGCCAGAGGAGCAAGCAUUCUGUGUUUUGGUGAAAAUCAUGUAUGACUAUAAAUUGCGAGACUUGUACAAAAACAAUUUUGAAGAUCUUCAUUGCAAAUUCUAUCAACUUGAGAAACUAAUGCAGGAACAGCUGCCGGACCUGUACAACCAUUUUUGUGAUCUGAACCUAGAAGCUCAUAUGUACGCAUCCCAGUGGUUCCUCACUCUUUUUACUGCCAAGUUUCCUCUCUGCAUGGUGUUCCACAUCAUUGACCUACUGCUGUGUGAGGGUUUGAACAUAAUCUUUCAUGUAGCCUUGGCUCUCCUAAAGACCUCAAAGGAAGACCUCCUGCAGGCUGAUUUUGAAGGUGCUUUGAAGUUUUUCAGAGUUCAGCUUCCAAAGAGAUACCGGGCAGAGGAGAAUGCAAGAAGAUUGAUGGAGCAGGCUUGCAAUAUUAAAGUACCAACCAAAAAGCUGAAGAAAUAUGAAAAAGAGUAUCAGGCAAUGCGGGAGAAUCAGCUGCAACAGGAAGACCCAAUGGAUAGAUACAAGGUACGAGAGACGCUUGGCACUUAGCAGGGCAGAAAGGACUUUAUGUACCCUAAUUCAGCAGUUGUGUUUGUAUAUUUAUAGGUAACUCCAGCUGUUGCAUGUAUACUGGGAAUCUUCAUGAGAAGCUGAGAGAAAGGGAAAAAGAAAGUGGCUUUCUGCUUUCAAAAUUGAGGAAAAUAAAACAGAAAAUGCCAAAAAGUACUGUCUUAGCUGUGCAUGAUCACUUCCACAGAGACUCGUAGAUGUGACCAUUCCAAGACUGACUCAAGGAUGUUGCAAACUUGUCCCUGUCUGUAGCAGAUGUUCAAAAUCCAAACUCAGAAGGAAAAAUAAAAACCACAAAAAUGUAUCAAGCACAGUAAUGUGUUUGUUGCAAUGUUUCAUUUUCACAAAUCAUAGGUAACCUGACAUUUGCAUGCAGUUUCAGAAUCCAAAUUAUUUCACUUGUAUCUUCAUUAGUUUGGUUAUUUAAAAAAUUGUGUCAUCACAAAGAUAGAUCUUUUCAGUGGUAAUUAACAGCAUUGGCUACAGCAUGCAGUGUUGGGAAACAGUGACUUGCAAUUUAUUUUUUACCUUCGGAAAUGUAUUGUCUUCCUUUAGCUGUUUUAAUUCUUGAGACUCAUACAGAUAUGUCAAAGUUCCUCUCGCUACAUCAGUAUCCAACUGAUGCCUAAAUACCAUUCUAAAAAAAGGUAUGGUGGCAAUCUUAAUGAAACCAUUCACACUGAGAUGGCUUUUACUUCCAUAACCAGAGCUGCCUUUGUGGUUGGAAAAGUGUAUGUUGGCAGCAGUCACACUGAGCAUCUUGAUUUUAUUGUUGAAUAGAACAGCAAGGAAUGCUCACAGAGGAACAUAGUGGACAGGGCCUAUGGGUUUCAUAGUCAAACCAACUUGAGUUAAAUUUCUGGCUCACUGGAAAAGCCAACAGGAUUUGAAACCAUAGAUGAGGAUUUUGGUCCCUAUGUUACUGGUCAGCAUUUUGAGUCAGUCAUUGACCCUUUCCUUGUUUGUAAAAUGCACGGGCAUGCAUGAUUUUGUGGUGGAUUACUGUGAGAUUGAAGGAUGUCAUAUGUUAAGUACUCAGAGCAUAAUUGGUGUUUAAUAAAUGGUUAUUCGUUUUUAAACUCCACUACUAUAAGCAUGACUAGAAUAAUAUAACCUUGCUUGGCUCUGCCUCUCCAGUCCUUCAUUGAUCAUCUUCAUAUUUUGUGUAUUACUACCCUAUAGUCUUAUCAUCAGUCAUACUUCUUCCCUUCUUCUAGAACUGGCUUGAGAAAUAAAAAUAAUUCCACAUAUGGUUAUGAUAGAUAACUAUUAUCAGAUUAUAUGCUCAUAGAGAAGGUUUGAUGACUAUCCACUAUUAUCUUCUCAGUAAAUCCAGUUUUAAUGCUAGACCUAUGAUACAGAAAGUCAUGAAUGGACUCAUGAUGAACUGUUAAAGAUCAAAUGAAAGCCCUUUAAUUGUUUGAUCAUUCUAAUCUUCAGAAUAUUAUGAAUAAAGUGAUUUCAGAUAAAAGAGAAGGAAAUAAUAGCCCAAACUUACAUAAUUACAGUCAAAAGCUGAGCACAGUUGUAUGCACAUAUAUAGCUCUCUGUGACAAGAGGAUCAUUCAGGUCCAGGAGUUUGAAACCAGCAGCAUAGUGAGACCCUAUCUAAAAACACAAACUAAAACAACAACAAAUGCCUCACUGAACCCAAAGAGGCUGUAAAACAACUGAACUGUAACAGUGUCUUACAUCCUUUUUGUCAAAGCAGAUGUGUAUAAACAUCAUGUAUAAACUGUAAGAUUAUUUGUACCGUUUUAUUGAUAUAAAAUCAACUGUUUUAAAAGUAGUUAUUUUAGAUUCAAGUAUUGUGGGGCUUGGUUUUUUUGUGUUUGGUUGGUUUUAUUUUGAGAGACUCUUACUGUGUAUUCCAGGCAGAUCUUCAUCCCAUUGUAGCCUUUUAUUUGAACAUGUCAUACACUCUCUAUCACUAUUUCUUUGUUAUGAUUUUAGUGGCUUUCUAGUAUAUUAUGUAAUCAAUAUUUCUAUACCUUUUUUAAUAAUGUUUAGGUAUCAGUCCCAGUGAUCUACUUGGCAAAAUUAUAAUCAAGUUGUAAUUAUAUUUCAAGCUAUUAAUUGCCAACAUAGUUCUAGCUAUCAACAGAUUUGGUCCUUCAGGUACACAAAAAUCUGGUUUAAGAAGUAAAUUAAGGUCAGCUGGAGAGAUGGCUCUUCCAGGUAAAACCACCUGUUUCCAAGCCUGAUGGCCUGAUUCGAUUUCCUGGACCCACACGUGGAGGAGAAAACUGACUCCCUAAAUUUGUCCUCUAACCUUUACACUCAUACUGUGGCAUAUGUGUGCCUACACAUAUAACACACAGAUAAGUAACAGCUUGGUAUAAGGGUUCAUGCCUUUGAUCUCAGUACUCCUGUGACAGAGGCAAGUGGAUCUCCAAGUUCAAGGCCAGUCUUGUCUACAGAGCAAGUUCCAGGACAGCCAGGGCUACACAGAGAAACCUUGUCUCCAAAAACAAACAAACAAAAAAAACAAAAAAAAAAAAAAGAAAGAAAGAAAAAAAUAAGGAAAUAAAUACAUUUAAGGAAAUAAAUUGUAAUCAUCUUAAUAUAACAAAGUAUCUUAAAAAUACUUUUGGCAUCUUCUGAUCCCUUUGGGAACAGGCACUUUUCAUUUAUUAGGGAAGAUCUUGAAAACAUUGAGAACUCACACCUGUUCAGGAACAAGUUCUCCUUCACCAUUGAAACCCAUAUUGCAUAAAUUGCCAUGUCAACCUCCAGCUUGCCAUAUGGCAAGAGAGUUGGAAAGACUGUGAGUUUUUAAAAACAAAAACAAAACCCAGAAAUGUCAUAUCAUAAACUGUUCCAAUUUAGUGCUAUUAAUUUUCCCAUACUUGAUGGCAUUGAAGAAGGGCUUUUGCACAAGUGAGAGCUGGCAAAUGCUGCUCUUUACAGUCACACUUUUUGCUGUACCAAUCUAAACAUGUGGCCUAGGGGUGUACCUCAAGGGUAAAGCACUUGCCCAGCACGUGUGAGCCCACUGGUUCAGUGAACAGUUGCAUCCCCUUCAUGCCCUCCCAUCUGACCGUGCUCUUUGUGCCUAUUAUAUUGUCAGUUUAUAUUACUGGAUUAAUUACAUGCAACACCUCAGUCCCAACCAUGAAUAAAGAGAAGGAAUGGUGUUGGUAUAAUUUUAAAGUUCUAAGCACGAUGAAAUGUUCAGCAAUUAGGUAGUGGUGAUGGCUAUACAGUUUCAUGUAAUUGAAUUGUAUACUAAAGCAUCAUUUUGUUACAUAUGAUGAUGAACAGCUGCAGUCCCAGCACAGAAGAGGCUGAGGCAGAGAGAGGGUCAAGAGUUUGAAGCCAGCUUAGGCUACAUAGUGAGACUAUAGCUCAACAAUCCCUCUUCAAAAAGCACAUAAUUUUAUGGUGUGCAAAUUAAAUCUAUACCCUAACCCAAGACAAGUGUUCCAGAAUACUGACUUUUAGACCACCCUCUUUCUUUUCUAUUUUCUCUUUUUUCUUUAUUUUUGAUAUGUGUGUGUAUGUGUGCACAUGCAUAUGCACAUGCAUAUACAAGUAUGUGCAAAUGGGCAUGGAGGCUAAAUGUCAGUGUCUGGUGUCUUCCUCAGUUACUCUCUACCUUAUUUUGAGAUGGGAUUCCUCACAGAACCUGAAGCUCACUAAUUUGGGUACUCAAUGAGCUCACACACAGCUACACUGUUUGUUUGUUGCUUUCUUGCUUGCCUUUAACGUGGAUGCUAAAGACCUAAGCUCAGGUCUUAAUGCUUGCAUGACAAGCACUUUACCAACUAAGUCCUUUCCCCAACUACUGUAUUUUCUGUGAGAUAGUGUUUCCCAUGUCCUAGGCUGGACUUGAACUCACUGUGUAGCUGAAGAUGACUGUGUCAAACUUCUGAGCCCCUUGCCUCUGCUUCCUGAGUGCUGAGAUUACAGGUAAAAGCCACCAUGCCUUGUUUAUGUGAUGCUGAGAACUGAACUUUGAACCCAGGACUUCUUGCACACUAGGCAAACGUUCUACGAACCAGCUACAUCCCCACUCCAUCCACCAUUUCUUCUGUGAGCCCCAAGUUGCUUCUGUCAAAAUGCAGUACUUACAUAGAAGUCAUACUUGUGCAAAGGAGAUCUUUUGUCAAAAUUUGAGCUAAUUGAUGACUGUUGAACAAUAUAAAUGGUACAUUCAUUUUUAGUGUUGCUUGGUAAUUUCUAAGUAGAAUGUGUAGUGUUCCUAUCCAUAUAUUUACACAUAGAGUAAUAAGCACAAACAUACACACUACCUAAUCUGGCAUCAAAUUUGUAUUGAGACCCAGGGAACCCUCAAAAAACUGCUUACAGUCUUUAUUGGUGCCUUUCUGUUUAACUCCAUAAGACUCCAAAAGAGAAGGAUUUUUUUCUUGAGAAUAAAUAUACAGCAUUAAUUCUAAACUUUUUUCCUGCUUCUUAACCUGAUCAAGUAAUGUGAUGUUGUUUUGUGUAUAUAUUCUGACCUUUUGAUUUGUAAAUUUGAUUGAGUUCAAAUGGAGAAAAUGUGAGCUAUAGAUAUGGCUAAUGAUGUCCCCAGAAAAUACGUAUUUAUAGAUAGAUAUAUCUGUUUUAAAACAUUUUAAAAUUAGUAAUCAAACCCACCAAAGCAGAUAACAAUGUUAGAAAUCAAGAUUCUAUAUCCUACACAGAGGACUGGUUGCUUUCAUUGUGGGGAAAGAAUUUCAGUAAUAGAGUCAACUGGUGAAGCUUCUAGAGAACUACAGCUAUCAUCCACCUUUAAGGAAAGAUACACUCUUUUUCUUGUUUAAUUAAGAGCUGCUGAUAGCAAUGUGGGUCAGGUCUGUAAAAACACAAGUAAUUAAUUAAAUUCAGUGAAUUUCCCAAAGCAUAGGAAGUGCUACCUGUUCUGUAGGGGGAGAUCCUGGGAAGAAUGUAGACUAUUUAAACUGUUGGGUUUAAGAUAUGCAUAAUAACAUAAAUAUAUAAUUUGGAGCUUAAAUAUAUAGCCCUGUUCAGUAUAGUUAAAUGUAGCAUGUUUAACUGCCUUCACAAGCUUAGUUAGACAUAGUACAUUUUUUAAAGUCGAAAUGAAAUUCAAACAGCAUAGGUAGUGGUGAAGGACAUGCCUAGCAUGUGGACGCCUCUGGAUUUGAUCCCUAGCACCACCAAACCAAUACAAAGCUGAACAAAAUAUAAUUCAAAUAGAAAUAAUUCUUUUUUUCACUUUUUGAUGACUUCUUUAUUGCUUAUUAUUUCUUAUUACUCAAUGGUUUUUGUACAUAUUUAUCUUUGGAAUAAUGUCCAUGGUUACUCUCAGGAGCAUAGCACAGAUUUUUAAUUAUUUUUUGUAUUCUUUUUUAUUUAUUCUUUGUGUCUUUCACAUCAUGCAUGAUGGAUUGUGGGAGGAGUUGGAUUUUUGUUUUGUUUUGUUUUUCGAGACAGGGUUUCUUUUUUUUAAAUUUUUGUUUAUUUAUAUUUUAUGUAUGAGUGCUCUGCAUGUAUACCUGCAUGCCAGAAGAGGGCAUCAGAUCCUAUUACAGAUGGUUAUGAUCCACCAUGUGGUGGCUGGGAAUUAAACUCAGGGCCUCUGGAAAAGCACCCAGUGCUCUUAACUGCUGAACCAUCUCUCCAGCCCCAGAAAUGAUUCUUCUAAUGAGUUCUGUAAAUCAUACUAAAUUUUUCUUUCUUACCUGCAAAAGAGAAAGUGGUGAUUUUAUUUCUAUUUAUUUAUUUAUUUAUUUAUUUAUUUAUUUAUUUAUUUAUUUAUUUAACUUAUUUAACAUUAGUGUAUUGGGCCUUUACUUAAUGGAUGUCAGGAGAAGUAAAUCUAUCCUUGAAAAAUAAUGUUCUACCAAUGAAAAUAAGUAUAUGUGUUAUUUCUUUCAUAUCAUAGAAACUGUUGUUGGCUUUGGGAAAUGCCUACCCUGUAAAAUAAGGUGUUCUUAAUGAGUAAUAAUGGAUAUGAGGAUGGUUCCUGUUUGCUUGUGAUAAACAGAAUUUAUUUAUCACUGUGUUAAACUUGAGAAGGUUCCAUAUUCUUCUGAGCCUGGAUAACACUGUUCCCUAUUGUAGCUGCUGAAGAAUAUAGCUAAGGAGGAGCAGAUGGCUUCGAAUGGUGCUGCCCCUGACUCAGUCACGUUUCACAUGUGGAGCUAUAAAAAUAUUAAGCAUAAGAGAAUUUUUUACUGUGUCUAUCAUCGAUCUCUAGCACCCUCCAGUGUUUUUCUUGUAUUGUUAGAAACUUUUGGGGGUUGGGGACUUAGCUCAGUGGUAGAGCGCUAAGGCCCUGAGUUCGGUCCUCAGCUCCAGAAAAAAAAAAAAGAAAAAGAAAAAAAAAGAAACUUUUUAUUCCUGUUAUUGUUGAGAAAACUAUAUGACAACAAUUUGUUUCUAUAUCAUGUGUAACUAUUUGCUUUUUGUGUGCUGUUUUUGAAGACAGGGUCUCACACUAACACAGACUGGCCUGGGAACUCACUAUGUAGCCCAGUUUAUCUGUGUGCUAGAAUAGAAAGCCACAGCGGCUUGUGGGCCACAUCUGGAUGACUGGUGUGUUGUUUUUGUUCUGCACAGUGACCAUCAUUUCAGCAUGGAAAUGUGGCCUGUGGUGCUGAAAUGUUUACUCUCCGUUGCUAAAGUACCACCUGAGUUUGCAGGGGCUUUUGUUUGUUUGUUUGUAGUACAUAAAGAAAUGCAGUGUUUUGCCUCCUGUAGUUAUUUCUGACAAAGUUUUAUUUUUAGUUUGACACUUUAAAUGUUUAAAUUUCCAUAAGAAAGAUGAAAUUGAAUGUGAUGAGAAAAGGAAGAAAGCAUUAAGUAUUUUCCAAUAUCCAGAGGUUUCUCUUGAAUUUUCAUUUAUAGGUGAAAUAGAUAUCUAAGCAUUUCAUCUUUGUAGAUAAAAAAAAAAAAAAACCUGUCUUUUGAAAAUCUAAGUUU